ACCUUCAUCCACAUCUUCGAAGGCUUGACUACGUAUACCUCUUCGUUUGUGGUUUGAACCUUCGGGCUCGAGGUAUGCUCGAUGUGAACGCGCAAAGUCACUGGCGCAGAGCAGGAUGUGUAUAUUGAGUCUAACGUUUCCCUUGUGAUGUUCCUUGUAGGAUUCAAACCUCCUAUUCAUCUGGGAGGGAUUGUCUUCUUGACCAAAAUUGGCUCUAUCACACAAACGUACAGCGGUAUUACGGAGCAAGGCCAUUCAGGCGAUAUGUAUUCCACAUGCUCUGAGGGGAUGUAUUUUAUCUUCAUCUCGAGCACUGACAUUAUCCCAUGCAGUGCAUUCUGUUCAAGGCUCCUCGAAGAUACACGGGGCCCUUUUACGUAGGACUUUCGUGUGCCCUCUUCCCUUACGCCCACGGAAAGAUCAACGAUGUGACAAACCUGUUCAUUGCGUUCGAGUUCUCUGUCUGCAUGUGUCUCCGAUUUAUGGCGUCGGCCCUGUUAGCCUGGCACUCAUAAGGAUACAAACGCUUACUGUUAUUCAUGUCCUGAAACUUUCUACUGAAACGUUCUACUGUACCUUCGAGCCACGGACCAGACAUGUUACAUAAAAGUUGAUACUUUCGCCAGGUGCAGUUCCUGAUCAUGUUGCUCCCCAACCUGGCCUUAGACGUUGUAUACUUAUGAGCAUCGUUACCUAGUCUGCUCACGAAAACUUCUGCUGUGCCGCGACCUCUCGACAUCCGGUUCAGCCUUCUCAGUUAACCGUGCUUGACCAUGAGCGCCUAUGUGAUUGGAACAUUCCGGAGCCUAUGAGCGCCUGAAAAUCUGCUUACGUCAGCCAUGGAGAAGGAGAAAAAGUGGAAGCAAAGGGCUACGUUUCUCUCAUCCUCUCUUCCGUACGUUCACGUACUUCGCCCUACCCUUUUCAUCCCAUUUCUAUAGUGAUGUUCGCUGUUGCUCGUUCCUUGCGGACCGCUGCCAGUCGCAGCGGCCACUAUGCUGGUCUGCCCCGGUCCAUGAUUGCGAGGAAUAUGAACUCAAAAGUCACCGGCCCCGUCGUGGGUAUUGAUUUGGGUACCACCAACUCAUGUGUCGCCGUUAUGGAGGGUCAGAGUGCGAGGGUGAUUGAGAACGCGGAGGGUCAGCGAACAACCCCAUCCGUAGUCGCUUUCACCAAGCAUGGCGAACGUUUGGUUGGAUUGCCCGCCAAGCGACAGGCUGUUGUUAACUCCGCAAACACUGUCUUCGCCUUCAAGCGUCUUAUUGGUCGUCAGUUCAGGGAUUCCGAGGUGCAGGAAGACACGACACACUGGCCUUUCAAGGUUGUUGCUAAGCCUGACGGACGACCAGCGGUCGAGGUCGAUAAUGCUGGCAAAAGACAAGUCUUCUCCCCGGAGGAGCUUUCUUCAAUGGUUCUCGUCAAAAUGAGGUCAACUGCCGAACAAUUCCUGAAUAAGAAGGUCAACCACGCCGUCGUCACCGUCCCUGCCUACUUCAACGACGCUCAACGUCAAGCCACUAAGGAUGCUGGUCAAAUCGCUGGUCUCGACGUUCUCCGUGUCAUUAACGAACCUACUGCCGCUGCUCUUGCAUACGGUCUUGACCGUGCCGACUCGUCAGUAAUUGCCGUCUACGAUCUCGGAGGUGGUACCUUUGAUAUCUCCAUUUUGGAGAUGCAGAAGGGUGUCUUUGAGGUCAAGUCAACCAACGGUGACACCCACCUUGGUGGUGAAGAUUUCGAUAUCGUCCUUGUGAACCACCUCCUGAACGAGUUCAAGAAAGAGCACGGCCUUGACCUAACCAAGGAUGCCAUGGCCAUCCAACGUAUUCGUGAGGCCGCUGAGAAGGCGAAGAUUGAGCUCUCAUCGGCCACUCAGACCGAGAUCAACUUGCCUUUCAUCACCGCGGACGCCAGCGGACCCAAGCAUAUCAACAACAAGAUUUCUCGUUCACAACUCGAGUCGUUGACUUCCCCUCUUAUCCAGCGCACCAUUGAACCUUGCAAGAAAGCUUUGUCUGAUGCUGGCAUCAAGGCUAGCGAGGUCAACGAGGUCAUCCUUGUCGGUGGUAUGACUCGUAUGCCCCGCGUCGUCGAUACCGUUAAGUCUGUCUUCGGUCGUGAGCCUUCGAAGGGUGUGAACCCUGAUGAGGCCGUCGCUAUUGGCGCUGCCAUUCAGGGUGGUGUCUUGGCUGGUCAUGUCACUGAUAUUCUCUUGCUUGAUGUUACUCCCUUAUCCAUGGGUAUUGAGACUCUGGGCGGCAUCAUGACCAAGCUCAUCCCCCGUAACACCACCAUCCCGACGAAGAAGACCCAAACGUUCUCCACUGCCGCUGACGGUCAGACUGCCAUCGAGGUCAAGAUCUACCAGGGUGAGCGUGAGCUCGUCCGUGACAACAAGCUCCUCGGCAACUUCAACCUCGUCGGCAUUCCUCCCGCACCCAAGGGUGUCCCUCAGAUCGAGAUCACCUUCGACAUCGAUGCCGACGGUAUCGUUCACGUCACUGCCAAGGAUAAGGCUACGAACAAGGAUCAGUCGAUGACCAUUGCUUCGUCGUCUGGUUUGAGCGACAAGGACAUCGAGCGCAUGGUUUCCGAGUCGGAGCAAUAUGCCGAGACCGACAAGGCUCGCCGCAUGGUCAUCGAGGAGGCCAACAAGGCUGACUCUGUUUGCGCCGAUACCGAGAAGGCUAUGACCGAGUUCAAGGACCAACUCGACGCCACUGAGAAGGAGAAGGUCACUAAGCUCGUCGCUGAGCUCCGUGAGAUCGCUGUCAAGGGCCAGGCUGGCGACGCUUCCAUCACUGCUGACACCAUCCGCGAGAAGGUCGCCGAGACUCAGCAAGCCUCCCUCGGUCUCUUCCAGAAGGUCUACGAGAAGCGCAACGCUGAGAACGCUGCCAGCGAGGCUGCCGAGGAAAAGAAGGAGGAGAAGAAGGAUUAAGUUCCCAACCUUCCCUCUCGAUUUUCCUCUCGUCCGCCGUCUCCCUCACAACCGCCCGCUUCGAAACCUUCCUAUCCAUCCCUGAUCUACAGCCUCGUCUCCGUGAUCUCCUGCUUCAGAUGUGUCCCCUCGUACUCCGUUUUAUCGCGAUCAUCAUGGACGUGCUUUUGGCGAUAACGCCAUCCUCGCCACAUAGACCAGCUCAUCCGCAAAAGUAAUUGUCACGAACAUAUUCUAUACGGUACUUUACGAUCAUUGCUGUUUACAUCUUUAUACUCAUACAUAUACAUGCAUCCCCAUCGCACACCCCACCCCUCAGCAUUCCCUUGUCUUAUUACUUACGAUCCACCUCUUCGUUUCGCUGCUUCUGAUGUCGUUCUUGCUUUCUAUGUCUCACCUACGAUGUGUUUUCAGUAGUGUAAUGGAAUGACAAAAGCUUUGGAAGCAUGCGGUUUUUUGUGCCUGAACGAUGCGACUCAGUAAUGCAUGUUAUAAUACUGGCUAGAGCAAAGGAAGUCGCGAAGACGAAUAACUUU